AAAAAAAAAAUCUUAUUUGUCUAGAAUUUCCCAUUCAAUUCCAAAGGAAUUUCAUCAACAAUGGCCAUGAUUGUUAGCAGUACGUGUUUCUCACUUUUAAGUUACAAGAAACCGAACCGAAUAAGAGCUGUUGCUUCCGAGGAGUCCGCCGGCGCCGUUGCUCUGAAAACAGAUAAAGAAGACAAAGUGAAGUUAGGGGGAUCGGAGCUCAAGGUGACAAGGCUAGGAAUCGGAGCUUGGUCGUGGGGUGACAACAGUUACUGGAACGACUUUCAAUGGGAUGAUAAGAAAUUGAAGGAUGCUGAGGCUGCUUUUGAUGCCAGUAUGGAUCGUGGUGUAACGUUUUUCGAUACAGCUGAGGUUUAUGGCUCUCCGUUAGCCUUGGGUGCCAUAACUUCUGAAACCCUUCUGGGAAGAUUUAUAAAGGAAAGGGAAAAGGAUAAUCCUGGUGAAGAGGUAGCUGUUGCAACAAAGUUUGCGGCUUUGCCUUGGAGGUUUGGUCGUCAGAGUGUUCUCAGUGCACUCAAGGAUUCUCUUAAUCGGCUUGGCCUUUCAUCAGUUGACCUUUAUCAACUCCAUUGGCCCGGUAUAUGGGGAAAUGAAGGGUACAUUGAUGGUCUCGGUGAUGCUGUUGAGCAGGGCCUAGUGAAGGCUGUUGGUGUCUCAAACUACAAUGAGAGGCGACUUCGUGAUGCCUAUGAAAGGCUUAAGAAGAGAGGCAUUCCUCUAGCUUCAAACCAAGUGAAUUACAGUCUCAUAUACAGGGCACCUGAGCAGAACGGAGUGAAGGCUGCUUGUGACGAACUCGGGAUCACUUUGAUUGCAUAUUCUCCUAUUGCACAAGGUGCCCUUACCGGAAAAUAUACACCAGAAAAUCCACCAUCUGGGCCUAGAGGUCGGAUUUAUACUCCAGAGUUUUUAACUAAGCUCCAACCUCUCCUUAACAGGAUUAAGGAAAUAGGCGGGAACUACGGGAAAACUCAAACACAGGUUGUGCUUAACUGGUUAAUAGCUCAAGAGAAUGUUGUGCCAAUCCCGGGAGCCAAGAGUGCUGCACAAGUUGAGGAAUUUGCAGGUGCACUUGGCUGGAGGCUGAGCGGCAAAGAAGUGGAGGAGCUACGCUCACUGGCAUCGGAGAUAAGUCCUGUUAUUGGUUUUCCUGUUGAGAAGCUGUAAAUUUAUGUUGCUCCACUGUUAAUCAUGGUAUGAAUAAACUCAUGCAGUAUUAAUUGGUUC